AUGGAAGUGGCCUGGACGGUGGAGGAUGACCUGCUGGUGAAGAGCCCUUACCAGAAUGGAUUAGUAGCACUACACAACGCAUACGAGGGCCGCGUGCAGAUCGCUGCAGACAUGUCUCUGAAACUGCACAGCGCUCGCCUCAGUGACAGCGGUGUGUACUACUGUAUUUUGGAUAGGCUGAAGAUUGAGGCCGCUGUUCACCUCAUCGUGGAACCUCCUCGGGUGGACUCCGUGGUGGAGGUCUAUUCCCAUAACACCUCAGUGACUCUCCCCUGUUACCUACACCUGUCCAGAGACCAGCGUUUGGAGGAGCUCACCGUGUGGUGGGAGACAGACGGAGAAGUUCUGUUUGGAAGGACUGACAUACAGGUGUACAAUCCCUAUGACAGCCCCUAUGUCCUGAACUUCAAUUAUUCUGAUGAAAGAAACAUUGACAAGUUUCCUCAUUUCUUGCCACCAUCUUUGAGCUCUGGAAAAUACAACUGCUGGUACCGCAUCAACCUGACAGAUAAAUUGAAGCCUGGGAUACCGGGAACUAUUGCCGUCGCAUUCAAGUCUUUUAAUGACACAGAUGCACAGUUCUGA